CUGCUGCUGGCGCUCCUGACCGUGGCCUACGUGCUGGUGGAACUCUCGGUCUCCAGGCUCCCUGCCGCCCCGGGAGCGGGCCUGGCCUGGGAGCGGGGGCCGAGGCAGCUCCCGGACCCCGGGGCCGGGGCAGAAGAUCUGUCCCGGCCGCUGUACGAGAAGCCGCCCGCAGACCCCCAGGCCCCGGGGGAGUGGGGCAAAGCCAGCCACCUCCAGCUGAGCGAGGCCGAGCGGAAGCAGCAGGAGGAACUCAUUGAGAGAUAUGCCAUCAACAUCUACCUCAGCGACAGGAUCUCCCUGCACCGCCACAUCGAGGACAAGAGGAUGCCCGAGUGCAGGUCCAAGGCGUUCCACUACCGGCGGCUGCCCACCACCUCCGUGAUCAUCGCCUUCUACAACGAGGCCUGGUCCACGCUGCUCCGCACCAUCCACAGCGUGCUGGAGACCUCCCCCGCGGUCCUCCUGAAGGAGAUCAUCUUGGUGGAUGACCUGAGCGACCGCGUCUACCUGAAGGCGCAGCUCGAAACGUACAUCAGCAACCUGGAGAGAGUCCGUCUGAUCCGGACCAACAAGCGGGAGGGCUUGGUGCGGGCCCGCCUGAUCGGGGCCACGUUUGCCACGGGGGACGUGCUCACCUUCCUGGACUGCCACUGUGAGUGUAACUCGGGUUGGUUGGAACCCCUUUUGGAAAGGAUCGGCGAGGACGAAACGGCCGUGGUUUGUCCCGUGAUAGACACCAUUGAUUGGAAUACUUUCGAAUUCUAUAUGCAGACCGGGGAGCCCAUGAUUGGCGGGUUUGACUGGCGUCUGACGUUCCAGUGGCACUCUGUCCCCAAACAUGAACGGGACAGGUGGAAAUCGAGAAUCGAUCCCAUCAGGUCGCCCACCAUGGCCGGGGGACUGUUUGCUGUCAGCAAGAAAUAUUUUGAGUACCUUGGAACGUAUGACACUGGGAUGGAGGUGUGGGGAGGUGAAAACCUGGAGCUGUCUUUCCGGGUGUGGCAGUGCGGAGGGAAACUGGAGAUCCACCCGUGUUCCCACGUGGGCCACGUGUUCCCUAAGCGGGCUCCCUAUGCGCGGCCCAAUUUCCUACAGAACACUGCUCGGGCGGCGGAAGUGUGGAUGGAUGAGUACAAGGAGCACUUCUACAAUCGAAACCCCCCGGCCAGGAAAGAAGCCUACGGAGAUAUUUCUGAAAGAAAGCUACUACGAGAACGGCUGAAGUGCAAGAGCUUUGACUGGUAUUUGAAAAACGUGUUUUCGAACUUACACGUUCCAGAGGAUAGGCCAGGCUGGCACGGAGCUGUUCGCAGUAUGGGGAUCUCCUCUGAAUGUUUAGAUUAUAAUGCUCCUGACAACAACCCCACAGGUGCUAACCUUUCACUGUUUGGAUGCCAUGGUCAAGGGGGCAAUCAAUUCUUUGAAUACACUUCAAACAAAGAAAUCAGGUUUAAUUCUGUGACAGAGUUAUGUGCAGAGGUUCCUGAGCAAAAAAAUCACGUAGGGAUGCAAAAUUGUCCAAAAGAUGGGUUCCCUGUGCCAGCAAACAUUAUUUGGCAUUUUAAAGAAGAUGGAACCAUUUUUCAUCCACACUCAGGACUCUGUCUUAGUGCUUAUCGGACACCUGAGGGCCGACCUGAUGUGCAGAUGAGAACUUGUGAUGCUCUGGAUAAAAAUCAAAUCUGGAAGUUUGAGAACUAAAAGAGCACAGCAGCACUUUGGUCCUGAGCUGACGGUAUAUCAGGAAAGUCAGAGAGUCUCCAUGGCGAUUAUAUUUUAUCAGAAAUCACCCAGUGGUCACCUAUGAGAGGGCUGUAUAACCUGUGGUUCAUCUUGGCACAGAACACAAACUGAUGUGCAGAGAGCGCUGUUUCGCGUUUGAAAGUGCCUUACUUAGAGGUUGUUUAUUUCAGAGCUCUGUCAGUAUGGUUUCUUCUCCUUAAAGAAGUUGACUGUGAAUUGAGAUACACAAAACAUUUAGGUGCCGAUGAUAUUACAGACUGUAAAAGUCCCAAGUAAAAUAAGAGAUGAUUUUUGUUGAUGGGUGAGUUCACUGCACAUCCCCCGCCCCCUUUUUUUUUACAAACUCUUAAAUGUGCAGUUUGAGCUAAAGCUGUUUUGAUUAUACAUAGAAUUUGGAUUUCUUUAGCCAACACAUUAACUUUUAGGAUUUGUUUCUUUUUCCUAAUUUUUUAAAAAUGAAAUGGAAAUCAAAGAAAGUUAAUUUUAAGGAGAAAGGCCUGGUUUGGAUAUGUGUGUCAUUAGAAGAGGAAUUAGUUUGAAUGUGAGUUUGGAAGUCUUUUUUUUUUACAUAUAGACAUCUCAGAAAAAUAUACCCACAUUUGAAUGAAAUGGGGAGAUCUUUACAUUCCACACUUUGUAAACUUGAGCUAUUGGACUUAACUGAGCUAUAGUGAUACCUCAAAGAGCUUUGAUUUCAUAACCUGUCCUUUCUUUGAACUUGUUUGUGUGUUAGGGCAUUUUCUGAUUGCACUUCCUUAAGUUAUGAAUGUACUAUAGAGGGACUCACUCAGAAUACUGUACUUCUUUCCUUUGUUAAUGCUUAAUCACUUAAAGUAAAUACAAUUGAGGCCUCUCUGAAGUUAAACCCAACUGUGUUUAUUGAAAUGUGUGAAACCGAAAGUGGGCCCUGUUCUGCAAAGGCUGUGGAACUCUUCUGUGAGUUCUUGCUUUAGGGCAUUUCAGGAUUAAUUUUAAGAUAAGGAAAGAAGCCUGUCUUGACCAUGGUGAAUGCUGCUUCCAGCUUACUUCCACUGAGCCUCGCACUUAGGCAGCUUUCCGAAAAUGGGAAAAUGACUGACUGAAUGAGUGAAUGGCUCAGCCCAGGAAUGUGACUGGUCAAGUCAUUUGACCAAAUGACUCAGAUUGGCCCUCACUUUCCUGAUCUGUAAAAUGUGGAUGCUGGAUUAGAUUGAUCCUGAAGAUCUCUUCCAGCUCUGAAAUGUUAUGAUUAUACAUUAUAUCCGUCUCAGUUUCAAUCAUUGUGCAAUCUUUACAACACUUUUUAUCUCUCCACUUUGAACAUAGGUAAUGUUUUUGAGCAACGUUCAGUCCAGUUAUGAAGCUGGGAAAAAGAAAUGGUUUUAUGUGAGCUGAGCUCACCUGCUGCAGUGGUUCAUUUUUGGAUUGAGUGGAAAGUUGUUGUAUUCAUUUCAUUUUGACAAUUGUUGAACCAAUUUUUGUUUUUGUCUGUAAUCUUUCAAACUGUAAGUAAUCUUUUGGGGCAAGGAUGUAAAUAUUUCCCAAACUAAAUAAUUGGAGAAGUAAACAUACUUGAACAAAAGUAUUUUUACUGGUUUUAUUGCAAUAUUAUGUCUAGAAAUCUAAAUUUAGAAUUAAAUCUCAAUUAGUUCACUUUGGCCUAGAUUUUUGAAAAAUACAUGCUUGAUAAAGAAUUAAUCUACAGUCCUUAUAUGAAAAGUUGUUUUCAGUGUCUACUUAAUGACCUAGUAACUUUGCAAAAUCUGAAUUUAAGAAAAAAUUUUAGGAUAGUUAUUUCAAAAAGUAAAAUUGCUCGGUGUCUUGAAUUUUUUAUUUUUAUUUUGCUUCUUAAAAUGAAAAUGUGUUAUUAACGUUCUGUAAGUUAUCUGGCAACCUUAAAGUUUAUCAAAGAAUUGCCCAGAUCCCAUGUGCAAUUGUGCAUGGCCCUGGGUAUAACUUAAAGAGGACUUAUCAUAGUGCUCUGAAUUUUACAAAAGGGUUGACUGACAACAGAUAUUCUCCUAAACCCACCCUCUCCCCAUGCUCAGUCUGCCUUUUUUUAAUUAUUAAGUUAGCUUUUCUUUUUUAAUUUAUUUUUAUUAUUAUUCUUAGCCCCCUAUCAAAUGGGAGAACUGAAAUGGAUAUAUUCUGGAAGUACAUACUGGAAUUAUUUUUAUUCUAGUAUCUUGCUGCUCAUGUAAGAGGGAAAGGGAGCAUUGAAAAGUAGACUAGAGCUUAAUUCUUUAUUUACUUUUGGUCUAAAUUUCAGGGCUUUUGGAAGAAAUUUUAGGCUAGUGCUUUAUUUACAUCAGUAAUUUAUUUGGAAGAGUUAGGUUGUUCAUUCCUUACAAUCCUGUACAUAACUGAAGAAUGAGACUUUCACUUUUCAUGCAUAGGCAUUUCCAAUUUAAUUAAAAAAAAAACACUAUAAAACUGCAAACAAAACAUAUUUGGAUGCCCUACUUCUAAUUUAUUGGUACCAAAGCUCUCAUUUGUUGGGGGCAAUUAAGAGUUGACCUUUUAAGUUAAUUUACAUGCUUAAUAAUGUUAGUAAAAUAUUUGCUAAACAGGUUUCAACUUUAAAUGGCCAGUCACUAUGUCAUUUAGUAUAUGAGUCUCUGAAUAGUUAGACCAUCUAUCUAGGCAAUUUUAUAAGUCAUUAAAAAAAAAAAAGAGAAGCUAGUCAUAUGCAGGAUCUCUAUAACUCAAAGUAACUUGUUAAUAAAAGAAAAUUUGUAUUCAUUACAUGUUGGCAAAUCAAGCAUUUGUAAAUUGAAGACAAGGUUAUUUUUAAGUUGUGUAGUCAUAGUUGAUUUAGGAUCUCAAUUUGAAUUGAUAGAACAGUUCUCAGUUGUUUGUCUUUUUGAGUUCCUAUUUUAAGAAUAUUUUUAAAUGAGCACAAAGAAUGUUGAGAUUCAGCCAGGCAUGGUUGAGCGUCGACCUAUGAACCAGGAGGU